UCGAUGAUGUAUUAACUCAACUGACUGUAAAAAGUCAAAUCCAGCUAUUGCUAUUUCUAAGCAAGCGCAGUGCGCGAACCUAUUUUAAAUCUAUUUUUUUGAGCAGUCUGUUGUCCUCUGUCAGGCAAGUGUCAACUGUCAAUCAUCUGUCAAUAAUGUCAAACAAAUCCAGAUGGGAACAUCGCAUCAUCAAGGUCAAAUUCAUAAUAUCAACAAAUUAUCACGACUGCCUGCACACGAACAGUCAUCGCGUCCGCGGUUACUUAACAGCUGAGAACGGAAUCAUCGUUAAUGUGCUGUCUACAGAGGCGGGCGCUCGUUGUGUGAUUUGUGCGGCGUCAUGAAUAUCAUACGCAAACUAACUGUGGUAUCUUCACCGGGGAUAGUUCGAACAUUCUCAGUGUCCGGUGCCAAUAAUGCCACAUAUUCAUGUAAACUCCUGGUGGUGGGUGGAGGCACGGGAGGAUGCACAAUGGCUGCCAAGUUUGCGAGGAGACUGCCCAAAGGAUCCCUUAUAGUCCUUGAGCCAAGCAAGGACCAUUACUACCAGCCUCUAUGGACGCUCGUAGGAGCAGGAGUAGGCACGGUCGCAGAAACUCGCCGCGCAGAAGAGAGCGUAUUACCCAACAACUGCCGAUGGGUGCAGGACUCCGCAAAUUCUGUCCUCCCCCAUGAGAACAAGGUGAUCACCAGCCAAGGGGAUGUCAUCAACUAUGAGUAUCUGAUUAUUGCUGUUGGACUCAUCAAUGAUUAUGAGAAGGUGCCUGGACUAUACGCGGCUCUACAAGACAAGACAAGCUCUGUAUCGUCGAUAUUCAGCCCGGAUUUCUGCGAGAAAACCUUCUCGGACAUGAAGAAGCAUAAAGAAGGGAACGUGGUGUUCACCUACCCGAACACUUUGAUCAAGUGCCCCGGAGCGCCGCAGAAGAUUGUCUAUCUCGCCGAGUCGUAUUUUAACAAGACGGGUGUCCGAAGCAAAACGAACAUUAUCUACAAUACCUGCCUACCAGUCAUAUUCGGAGUACCCAAGUAUGCUGAAGCGCUAAUGAAAGUCGUCAAACGCAAGAACAUUAACGUCAACUAUGUGACCGUGCUGAAAGAAGUCAGGCACGAUAAGAAGGAGGCUGUGUUCUUCAAUAAGGAGGAUCCUGAUAAGGACAUAACAGUAGACUACUCAAUGCUCCACGUGUCUCCCCCGAUGCGGACGCCUGACUUCCUUCAGAACAACACGUGUCUAGUCGACGAGAGCGGCUUCCUGGAAGUGGACAUGUACUCGCUGCAGAACCAGUCCUUCCCUAACGUGUUCGGUAUUGGGGAUUGUACUAACACGCCGAAUAGUAAAACUGCUGCGGCUAUCGCGGCACAAUGCUACGUGCUCGAACACAACCUUCUCGCCACGAUGCAGCGCGACGAGCCCCGACAGCGGUACAGCGGCUACGGAGCCUGUCCGCUACUCACGUCAUACAACACCUGCAUACUGGCGGAGUUCGUGUACGGCGGCGUAGUGCGAGAGACCAUGCCCUUCAACCAGGCGCGAGAGAGCACGAUAGCGUUCUACAUGAAAAAGAAAUUGUUCCCCUUCAUAUACUGGCACUUUAUGCUGAAAGGGUAUUACCACGGGCCUGAAGGCAUCAGGAAAAUGUUGAACCCCUUCCGAGACUGCUUACAAGAGUCACCAGAAAGACUCGCUCCCAUCGUCAAGCAUGCGGCCAGGCAUCACUGUCCUGCCAGGAAAACUUACAAAUGUAAGCUGCUGGUAGUCGGAGGCGGCGCCGGCGGCUGUAGCGUCGCCUGGCGCUUCGCCCGCCGGAUGAAGAAGAACUGCAUUAUUGUGUUGGAGCCCUCAAGGAUCCACUACUACCAGCCUGCCUUCACACUCAUAGCGGCAGGAGUAAGAACAUUAAAACAGUCAUACAAGCCGCUUCGUAACGUUUUGCCGCGAAGCGUCACGUGGCUGCACGACCGCGCUGAAUGCUUCGAUCCUGGCAAGAACCUUGUGUACACGUGGAACGGAGACACGAUAUAUUACGAGUUCAUGGUCGUCGCUGUGGGCAUCAAAAAUGACUAUGAUAAGAUCAUUGGUCUCCAAAGAGCCCUAGACGACCCGAGAUGGCCUGUGUCCACGAUCUACUCUCCCUAUUACUGCACAAAGACCUGGAACCUUAUUCGGGGGUUCACGGGAGGUCAUGCGUUGUUCACGUUUCCUGUCGGGGGCGGCAAGUGCUCAGGGGCCGCUAUGAAGAUCAUGUUCUUAGCUCAAGAUUAUUGGAGGAAGACGAAAAUAAUCAGCAAAACGAACAUAACAUACAACACGGGAUCUGAGGUAUUGUUCGGAGUUCCGAAGUAUGCGACGGCUCUACGCAAAGUGACGCUCAGUCGCUGCAUCGUGCCCAACUACUGCGCUGAUCUGGUAGAAAUCACACCUUCAGGGGCUGUGUUCCAGGGCACCGGGGGAGAGACGAUAAGCUUCCCCUACAAACUACUCCAUGUGACGCCUCCGAUGUCUCCACCGCACUGCUUGCUGAAAUGCAAGGAGUUAACGACCCCGACUGGCUACCUGGAGGUAGACCAUCAGACGCUGCAACACAAACGCUUCCCCAACGUGUUUGGGCUCGGAGACUGUACGUGCACUCCUAAUAGCAAGACUGCUGCUGCCGUAGCUCCUCAAAGCUACGUGGUAGAAUGUAACCUAGACAAGGUGAUGGCCGGUAAGAAGCCUACGAAGAAGUACAACGGCUAUGGCGCCUGUCCCCUCAUCACUUCUUACAAGAAAGGAAUCAUGGCUGAGUUCCUGUAUGACAAGAAAGUGUGGGAGACCUUUCCUUUUGAUCAGGCAAAGGAACGUCGGCUGUUCUACCAAAUAAACAAGCAUAUCAUGCCUCGCUUGUACUGGAACAUGGUAAAAGGCAAGUGGAGCGGUCCGAGCACUAUACGACAUAUCAUCAAUCCCUUCAGAAGAUGAAACCACUGUAUUCAGUAUAAAUAUUUUAUUAAAACUCUUUAUACGUACAACUUAUAUAUUUAACUAAUAUUUUACAAUAAAACAUUCUGAUUCUUUUCUGCUUCUGCAUUCACAUUUAUAAAGUUAUGGCUGAAUUAAA